UUCCUCAAUACCUCAUUACCCGCCUUUUUCAACACCUUCUCUAACACCUUCCUCCCGGUUCAGCUAGAUAUACUCUUUAAGUCCAGCUCUAGUUCCAAUUCCAAUUCCAACAGCCCGAACCAGCCUCUACCCCUAGAUAUAUCAGUAUAUACUACUACUUCGGGGGCUAAGUUAUCUCACCGGUCCUCUCCGAAUAACAAAGCUCAGGACCUAGAAGUAGCCACUCCUUAUACUAACAAAAUCCUGCGCCGUCAGCAAAACACGAUUACUACUCGCAAGUAUAAACAAAAGAAGGUUAAUCGCAUCGACGAACUAGAAUUAUUACUAAAGGAGAUAACUCGGGAAAGGGACGAUUUACGAAUCCGCCUCGUUCAUUAA